CUGAAUUCUUUAACCUUACUUUGUCGAGAGUUGCGAACCCCGCGUGGAGAAAACUACAAACAACAAUGUCAGCGUCGAAAAGCCAAAAACCUGAAAAGCGUUUCCAUUUCGGAAUGCUGGUGGUGCAGGAUCAGAGCGAGUGCCACGGUUUGCAUAUGAACGAGCAUCUGACUGCGCUGAUGCGGGAAAAAGGGAUGAAGGGUGAACGGAAAACUGUAACGGACGCUACUGCGCAACGGAAGACGCUGUUUGUCCUCUUUGGUCAUCGGGUCAAAGAGCAAGUCAAAGCGUUCGAGGAAGAGCUGGUGAAAUUCUUGGUUGGUACACCAGGAGAAGGACAUCACAGUUUUGACACCGAAAUUGUGCAUGGAAAAAGUACGGAAGAGUACAUUGAUUAUGAUGCUAACAAAAAGAAAGCGCUUCCUCGCUACAAUGAGGAGCGUCUGGAAAAGAUAAUGAAUAUCUUCGAAAAAAUGGAAAAAGCCGCGGAGGAGAAAGCGAAAAAAACCGGGAACGAAGGGAAGAAGCCGCGAACGAUCGAGAUGUCCACCAUCUGGGUUGGAGAAAUCGAAACGGAUCAGUCGGCCGGUGGUGUGUUGGAUCACUCGUCGAAGGAAGGACGAUCGAAACCCCCAAAGAACACACACCCGACAGCCUAUUUUGGACAGGAGAAAUACUAG